UGAGUCAACUAAUUAAUUGUGGUUUCCAGCUUGGUCUUCCGCUUUCCUUUGCUCUUAUCUCGGCUUCGCCUUCGGCGAAAUUGGGAUCUCUCUUUCGAGUCUUGAUCGACGGAGGCCUCUGUCGUCCCGUUGGCUGUGAUAAUUUCCCGCUUUGUCCCGUUUCCUUCCACCUCAACCCGCUUUCUCCGUUAUCGAAUUCCGACCCUUGUAAUCCAUCGGCAGCAAUGUUGGAGCAGAUGGCGAAGAGAUCCGUGCCUCUUCUAAAGCAACUUCUCUCCUCCUCCGCCGCCGCCUCAUCGUCAUGCUCCUCCCGCUUCACCUCUCACCGAUCCGUCACCUACAUGCCCCGUCCCGGAGACGGCUCUCCACGCGCCGUCACCUUGAUUCCCGGCGACGGAAUUGGUCCUCUCGUCACAGGCGCCGUCGAGCAAGUCAUGGAGGCGAUGCACGCUCCUGUCUACUUCGAGCGCUACGAUGUCCACGGGGAUAUGCCGAAGGUGCCGCAGGAGGUGAUUGACUCGAUCAAGAAGAACAAGGUGUGCUUGAAAGGAGGUUUGGCCACUCCCAUGGGAGGUGGUGUAAGCUCUUUGAACGUCCAGCUGAGGAAACAGCUUGAUUUGUACGCUUCCCUAGUGAAUUGCUUCAAUCUGCCUGGAUUGCCCACUCGCCACGAGAAUGUCGACAUCGUCGUGAUUAGAGAGAACACCGAAGGCGAAUACGCCGGCCUGGAGCACGAGGUCGUCCCUGGCGUCGUCGAGAGCCUCAAGGUGAUUACGAAGUUCUGCUCGGAGCGGAUUGCCAAGUAUGCCUUCGAGUAUGCGUACCUGAACAACAGGAGGAAAGUGACUGCAGUGCACAAGGCCAACAUCAUGAAGCUCGCUGAUGGGUUGUUCUUGGAGUCCUGCCGAGAGGUUGCUACCAAGUAUCCCGGCAUCAAGUACAACGAAAUCAUUGUGGAUAAUUGCUGCAUGCAACUUGUAUCCAAGCCUGAGCAAUUCGAUGUUAUGGUCACACCUAAUCUUUAUGGAAAUCUAGUUGCAAAUACAGCUGCAGGUAUUGCUGGUGGUACUGGAGUGAUGCCUGGAGGUAAUGUUGGAGCUGAUCACGCAGUGUUCGAGCAAGGUGCGUCGGCAGGAAAUGUAGGGAACGAGAAAGUAACGGAACAGAAGAAAGCAAACCCAGUUGCUCUGCUGCUGUCUUCUGCUAUGAUGCUUAGACAUCUCCAGUUCCCAUCAUUUGCUGAUAGGUUGGAGACUGCUGUCAAGCAUGUGAUCUUUGAGGGCAAGCACCGGACCAAGGACUUAGGAGGGAAUAGUACCACCCAAGAGGUUGUUGAUGCGGUCAUAGCUGCUUUGGACUGACAUCCGCUGUCCGCCUCCCGCAGGAAACACUCACAUUUUAGCACUUGGCUUAUUCAAUAUUCUUCACUCUCGAACUUUUUGAAGGCUACUGUUUCAUGCAUACGAGAGAGUUGGAAAGCAUCUGUAUUUUUCCCCGUCUCAAUAAUCUUUACUUGGUGAAACGUUAAAUGCUCUAACUUGAAUCAACGGCUUGUAUAGGUUCCAUGAGAAUUUAUUACAGUUGUGCAAUGCACAGUUUGUUUCGGUUGUGAUCAAAUCUCUCUUCCAA